AUGAAAGUGAUCAUCAUUCUCGGUGUCGUCCUGCUAGCUGGGGUGGAGUGCGCUCCCCAGGGCCCAGCGACAGAGCCCAUCCCCAUCAUUCGCCAGGAGCAGGAGGUAAACCCGGAUGGCAGCUACAGCUGGAGCUAUGAAACGGGCAACGGGAUCGUGGCUGAGGAGCAAGGCUUCCUUAAGAAUGCCGGGUCAGAGCAGGAAGCGCAGGUGGCUCAAGGUGAAUAUUCGUACACUGCUCCGGACGGGCAGCUCAUCCGAGUGCAGUACAUCGCGGACGAGAACGGCUUCCAGCCGCUCGGGGACCAUCUGCCCACGCCUCCUCCGAUCCCUCCGGCCAUCCAGCGAGCCCUGGAGUACCUCGCCAGUCUGCCACCAAGCGACGACGCCUCGCGGAGGUUUUAG